AUGGGUCGUAACCCCUAUAUUGAAUGGAAUGAAGCUGAUGAAAAGGCAUUACGUGAUUUUACUUGGAAAGAUUACGGUGGAGCAUUGGGAAAAGCAUACUUUGGCAUGAAACGAUUGACUUUAGGACCAAGGAGCAAGCGACUUCGUGAAGAACCAAACAUAUCCCCACAAGGCAAGCCAAAACAGUUACGUGGAAAUGAUAUUGGAAUGGAAAGACCUGCUUCUAUUGUGGAAAGAGAGAUAGCUUCAGUAUCGAAUAAUCCACCUGGAGAUACAAUGUCUGCAACGACUGCCGAUGGAGGAG